UCUUUCUUCUUUAACCACACCCACAGGCGCAUUUCUCAACACUGCGCUUCUCUAGCUGAACCAAAUAUGUGCGACAAAAAAAAAACGACAUUAAAGAAGCAAGCAAUUCCGCGGAAAUAUAAGCGCGUCUUUCAACUAGUAAUGGACUAAUGCUUCUUUUGGUUUGAAGAUAAACUACUAUAGGCAAGAUCAGCGAGAUUUCGGGAGAAGAGGUAUUUGACGGCCGGCCAAGGACAUGGACUGGAAGACCUUCCAAGCCCUCCUCAGCGGGGUCAACAAAUACUCCACGGCGUUCGGCCGUGUUUGGUUGUCUGUGGUGUUUGUGUUCAGGGUGAUGGUGUACGUGGUGGCAGCGGAGCGAGUGUGGGGCGACGAGCAGAGGGACUUUGACUGUAACACCAAGCAGCCCGGCUGCGCCAACGUCUGCUACGACCACUUCUUUCCCAUCUCCCAUAUCCGCCUGUGGGCCCUGCAGCUCAUCUUUGUCACCUGCCCGUCCUUCAUGGUGGUCAUGCACGUGGCAUACCGUGACGACCGCGAGCGCAAGUACAAAGCAAAGCACGGAGACAAUAACAAGCUGUAUAACAACACGGGCAAGAAACACGGUGGCUUGUGGUGGACCUAUCUGAUCAGCCUAUUCGUAAAGACAGGCAUCGAGGUCGCGUUCCUCUACAUCCUCCACCACAUCUACGACAGCUUCUACCUGCCGAGACUGGUCAAGUGCGGUGUGUCACCUUGCCCCAACCUGGUGGACUGCUACAUUGGCCACCCCACCGAGAAGAAGGUCUUCAGCUACUUCAUGGUCGGAGCUUCGGGCCUUUGCAUUGUCCUGAACAUCUGCGAGAUCAUUUAUCUCGUCUCCAAGCGCAUAGCGCGAAUUGCGAACAAGCUCAAUAGGCACAAGCGCAAAAUGGCUGUGCGUCAGAACGACUACAAUGAGGAGGCCUUUGACAACAGCGUCGACACAAUGCCAACGCUGCGCCUAAAGGAACAGCCUCCAUCCUUUAGAAGCGCAGUCAAGUCUUCACAAAGGCCACCUGGACUCAAACUUGAAGAGAAGAUACGAGCCUCUGCUCCAAAUCUGUCAUUUUUGUGAGCCAAAGAUCAGGCUGAAAUCAAGAGAUCAGCGGUGCCUGAGCUAAUACCCAUUGACAAUCCUCAGAAAACAGAGUCAGAACUAUGAGCCAAAUAUCCUAUGAGUCAGACCCUGGAAGUUGAGUCAUCAGCACUGAAAUCAUUCCGUGGGCCCCUGUGUCCACAUCUAUGACUUUUUUUGAGCACAAUUACUUUGGUUUCCAAGUCAACAUCCACAAUAUUUACAAGUCACCUAUAGCCAAAUUGAUUUGUUAAUAACUGUGUUUUUCUUUUUUAAUACAAUAAAAGGUCUGUGUGCCUUUUCAACUUCACCCUUUCACCUAUAUUAGAACAUUCCUGUGAGGUUUCUCUCUUUCUUGUGAUUGGACUUUUAACACGGGAGGGAAAGGAAAUGAACAAGGAAGCAGGACACUCCUGGCAGAGGUAUUCACCCUAUCUGCCAGUGAACACAGUGCUCUGUGGUCAUUGAAUUGUUUUCAUUUAUUUUAGUGAUCUCGUUUUAUUUAACUUAACUGACAUUGCUUUAUCUUCACGGUUUGUUGUCCUGAUGACAUUGAAAAAUGGUAAACAAUUCUGCAUUGGAGUGUGGACACUCCAAAGUCAUAGAGUUAUGGCUGAGAAAUACUUGAAGGUGUGCAUACUGGCCAAAACAAAAAUAUUUUUACUGCAUUUAGUUGUUUUUCAGGUGAGCAACAAAACGCAUAUAUUAUUGGUAUAUUUCUUAAUCUAAAGCCUCUGUGGACAUAUGCUUGGUCUCAGGUUUCUGCUGCACGGUGUACAUACCGUAGACUGUGUGUGUUUUGACGUGCUUGUACACACUCAGCUCAUCCAAGACCACUGUUGAUUUAAAUAAGGCGAAAGGAAUGCUGCGGUUUAAUUUAGUGUUGAUAGAGCAGGAGCACACAAGAGGAAGAAAGUUGGACAGAUGGCUCAUUGAACUAUAGCAUGCAUUUUUGCAAGUCCCUAAUUGUCCACUGUGGAUAUCAGAUGGAAAUGUAUUUUAUGCACUUGUUAAUAAUGCCAUUUUUACAAAACAUAACAUGUAUUGAAUGUGUUUGUGUGGUGUUUUAACAGUAAGGGCUGCUAAUUGAUGCCUUAUGUUAAUUUAAUUUCUGGAAUAUGGUUUCUAUUUACACAUGUGGGAUAAACACAUUUUCUCCCAG